AGCCGCCGUGCAGCCGGCAGCGGCCGGCGGGGCCCAGCCCGCAAGCAUCGCCACGCCGCCGUACCAGCCCCACACCAGCGAGAGCCGGGUGCGCGAGCGCCGCGGCAACGUCACUUCCGCCUCUCCCUGUCCUUUCUAGUGCUCUUCCGCUCUACGGUCGGAGGUUUCUCGUCCCGCCACCCUCUCUAUGGUGUCAGCCCAGCACCACCGGGAGCCUGCGGCAGCGGCGGCGCGGCAGGACCAUCCCACUCUUCCCCACGCCAUGCCGGCUGGCAGGUCCCGGCCGCCCGAGCCGCAGCACGGCUGAGGUAUAAAAAUAUUUGGAAGGACGUUAAGUGGUUCAACAAGUAACGCUCUAAUGGAUGACAGAGAAUUUCCACCAAAUGACGUGCAAAUAGACUCAAAGGACAGUCUUCCUGCUGACUAUAGGGUGGAAAGUUUGGCAUCUCAUUUGAUUUCUUCAGCCGAUGAAAAUGAAAAUCAACUUGACAAUGAGAAUGAGGUUCUGACCAGCGGUACCACUGCUGUGGGACAACAGGAUAAAGGUGAGCAGGACAGCAUCAAUAAUAAUGAGAAUAUGAACAAUGGAGACUGUACGCCAAGCUGUAAGGAAAGCGAGACUGAUAGCAGACCUGUUAACAUCCAUAUGGACCCUCAGCUGGAGGAAAAGCCUACUACAGAAAAACAGACAGGUGGAAAAAGAAGUCCAAGAAGCAGAAGAAGCUCCAGUAAAAAAUUUAAAGGAGUUCCUACAGUGGGAACCACGGCAAUCAAGGAGGAAGGUACUUUUAUUACAGAUACAGGUUCUGUGCAUGCUGAAGGUGCUGUUGAAGCAAAUGAAAGCUUUCGCCAAAAAGAACAAAAACAAAUGUUGCAGUCUCUCUUCUCUUUGCUCCGUGAGGAGGUUGAACAGAUGGAUUCAAAGAUACUGCCUUUGUGUCUUCAUCAGAUAGCUGAGACCUAUUUUCAAGAGGAGGAAUAUGAGAAGGCAAUGAAGUUCAUUCACCUUGAACGACUGUAUCAUGAGCAGCUGCUUGCAAAUCUUUCUUCCAUACAGGAGCAGUGGGAAAGAAAAUGGAAAACAGCAGUUCCUAGUCCAGUUGCAACACUGAGGAAUUCAGUUAAAGAAUUGAGUGUUGAAGAGCUGGAAAAGCUUACUAAAGUUUGUUCUUCGCAUCAACAGCCACAGGCAACUCAAAAUAAGCUAGUAGCUGCAGAAAAUACAUGGGAAAAUGAUGGUUUGCUUCAGUUAAUGGAAUCAAAAAAAUUAAAGGAAAGAGAAGCUGUUGCUUUUAAAUCAGGUACUGAAACUUGUCCUGGACUGAAGAAAGAAGAUAAACAGCUGAGCAGUAGUUCUCCAGGUGAAAACAAAACUGAGAGACAGACAGAGGCAGCAAGCCCUUGGGUAGCUGCAGGAAGGGACCACAUGGAGGAGCAGCACUGCAGUGCUGAAUCAACACUGGAGCCACACACCCAGUCCACAGGGACAGUGGGCAGUCUUUCUUCGGGCUGUUUAUCAUCUGGGGAUGCCAGUAAAGAUAACAGUUUGCAGCUGAGAGAAAGACAGCUCUCUAAGGAUGCAGACAAAAUAGAAGGCACAGCUGAGGAGCCUAGAGUGAAACUCCCUCUUGAGCCAAUGGUAGAUGCUUUGCUUUUAACAGAUGCUGAUUUUAUGCCUACUGAUUUGGUUCCUACUGGUAAAGAUGUGCAAGCUGACAGAAAUCUGCCCAGAUCAGAACAUGCUGCUGGCUCUUCGGAAAUUGCUCGUGGCCACCUUGGAAAUAAUGAUUUAAAGCAGCAACAGAAACAGCCUGAUGAUGGUGACAAAAAAUCUUCACAGAACAGAACUGCAUCCAAUGUGUGCUCUGAGUGUAAUAAAAUAUCUGAGCAUGAGAGUACUGCCCAUUCACGAGUAUGCAAGGAAAUACAGAGAACAGCAGGGUGGGAGGAGAAGGUAAAUAAUGAAGAACAAGCAGAUUUAUUUCUCAGAUUUUUAAAUGGUAACAUAAUAGACAACGAAGAAGCAUUUGCAAACUUAGCAAACCAGGAGGACUUUGACACUGUUCCAGAUACUUCACCUGAACAAGCAUCUGACAACUCACUGGAAGUGUUAUCACUAGAUGACAGCUUUUCUUCUCUUGAUGAACUUGCAAGAAGGAUAGAGAUUGCCGAGAUUGCCCCAGCAGAAGGAUUGGUUUCUAUACUAAAGAAGAGAGGUGAUAGGGAAGGAAAAACAAUUGCUCAAGUCCAGCAAAGGCAAACAAAGAGAAGAGUGCGAUUCCAAGAGAUGGAAGACACAUUGGAUCAAGAUGAAGUAGCUGGUGGCUCCUGCAUUUUGCUGAUCCUGCUGUGCAUAGCAACUGUUUUCCUUAGCAUCGGAGGAACUGCGUUGUACUGCACCUUUGCUGACAUGGAAUCCCCCGUGUGUACCGAUUUUGCAGCCAAUAUGGAUUUCUAUUAUACCCAGAUAUUGCAGCAUAUGGAAGAACUUAAACACUGGGUGGCCUUCUCAUAGUUGAAAUGAGUGGAGGCAGCACAGUGAGAGCUCACAAAUGGUUACUGGGGAGGGUAAAAAAAAAAAAGUGAUUUUAAGUUCUCUUAACACUUGCCAUGUGUAGGCAAUGUGUAUUUGGUGAUGUACCUACACUUUUACUUAUUCAAGGAAAUUCUAGUUUAGCAAUCAAGUGGCAAAACUUUUACAUCUUAAACUGUAGCAGUGUGGUAUGAGAGAAUAUAGUUACUCUCUUCACCCUUUUGAGAGUAAGGAAGUAGCUUUUUGACAACGUGAGCAAGUGAAGAAGAAAGAAGAAAAUUAACUGUCUUAGUAUUCUCUCCCAUUGCCACACAUUGUGCAAGCAGUCUCUGGAAGCUUAGUAAAAGGACAGCUUUAAUUUACAGCUGUUUGUGCAAAGAUGUUGCCUCCAGCUAUCAUGCAAUAAGUCUGUGUUUUAUGGAAACAUUAUUUUUCUUCUGAGUCUUACUGUUUUUCUGCAUUUUAAUUCUCCUGGUGAGCUGUGUAAUUAUUCGGGUGGAGUGAGAAGAGUGCAGCGCCAUUUGCAGAGCCUUCAUUUGGUGAUUAACAGACUGACCCUGUAUCUUGGAGCUUGCAGUGAAUAUCAUGAGUAGGAUAAAUCUGCUGGCAGAUUUCACUAAAUUCCCUGGGGCUUUACUCCCAGUACUUUGUGGGCUGUUUCAGAAAUGGCAGGUUAAAAAAAGAAGCCAUUGGUCUCACUAAACACAGAAACAAAAAUAAGAUGUUUAGUAAAUUGUCUGUGUCCAACAACAAAGUGACUUUGGCCAAUUUAAAGCAUCUGGUAGCAGAUAUGGGACUAACUGGGUUUUCUGUCCAGCUGUGUCGGUGACUUGCAGUAAUCACUUUGUGCCUCAGUUUCUCCUCCUUGAGUGGGGAAUAAUGAUCCUUGCCUUUGUGAAUAUUUUAUUGCAAUUAGAGCUCAUGUCUGAUUCAUCCUAGGUGAGCGCACAGGUUCACUAAACUGUGUGGCUGCAGCCUCUCAUGGUGAGUGAAUGCUUAUUUCAAGUGGGAUUGAUGCAGCAGAAGGGAUUCAGAGGCUCCCUGCAGAUCCACAGCACAGUGGUAGUCCACGCUGCUUGGUCCAGCAGACAAAGUACAUUUGUAUCUAUUCUUUCUGUGGUUCUGAGACCUGUAUUUUAAAAUCUAUUCUUUUUCUAUCAACUAUACAAACAAAUCUUAAAUCAGUACAAAGAGUUAUUUCAAAUGGAUAUUUCUAUCACUUGGUGCUCAGCCCUCCCUGUGUGGUUGGUACAUGAGAGAAACACUGACAUGAAUCUGAAGGUGAGAAUUAGAUACACGGGCCUUUGGCCCACAGUCUGGUCAAAAUGUGGCAACUGUUCUUGCACAGUGGCCUAGCCCUGCUGAAGGUGUUAGUGUGAAAUGAUUGUUACACCUCAGGAAACAGCAUUUUUGAAGGAUCCACUUCACUCCGUGAUUUCCUGCUUACUAACGUUGUAUCAUGCAGUUUGUUCAGGUUUAGAAUAUUAUUUUUUUGUAAAAUAUGAUAAAAUGAAAUCUUCACGAUAUUGUUCAGAAUUAUAACAUUAAUUGAUCAUGCUUUCUGGCAUUUGCAAGCAAAUUAUCCCUCUAGUGAGCUUGAUUGUUCCUAAUGCACUGUUACACUUAACGAUUUUUAAAGUAAAAGUUAAAAUCACGUGGUUUUUUUCCUACAAUAAAUUGCAUGUAUGAUUUCUCUUUUUGUUUUGCGAGGCUUACUUUAUUUAUACCUUAGGGAGCCUCAUGUGCAGCUUUAUAUUAAACUAGCAAUCUUAAAUACCCAAAGUAAUGAAAACUUUUGCUUUCAGAAUGAAACUUGCGAACAGUAGUUGGGUAUAUUUUUUGUUUGUUGUCCUCAGAGUAUUAUAAUGCUGUGCUUAUCUGAAGGAGAAAGGGAAAGACGCUUUUUGAUUUUAAAGUGUUACUGGCUGGUUCAGUUUAUUGUUUGAAGUCUGUGUUUGUUUAUUUAUUUAGUUUUUCUUUUAAAGAGAAUCUGAAUUUUCCUUUUUGGUCAUUUACUCAGAUUACUUAAAAAGCAUGCAUUCAAUUACAGUAUGUAUUUAUAGUGACUACGUAGUUAGAAUAUAUUUUGGGUUUCUGUAACUUUGCAUUGAGUGUUUCAGGAUAUUAACUUUAUUCCUAAAGAGACAACUGUUUAUUUCAGCUUAAAAAAAAGUCUUUUUAAGUUUUUGUGCACUUCAUCACCAAAAAGAUCAAGAGAUAUAUAUAGAACUAUUUAUUCAAAAGUAUAUCAGAUGUGGAGAUCAAAGAUCCUCUACUUCUAUGUUCAUUUAAUUAAAAAUAUUUUUAAAUAAUUAUUUUAUUUAAAACUGCAAAGCUAUUUAAAGUCAAAGCAAUAUUUAAUAAACAUCUCAGUUUAAAAUCAGUGGUCCAAAUCCUGAUACAUCUGCUUUGUGCUAUAUUCCCAGUGUAAAUACUCACUAGUAUCAGCAGAACUGUCUACAAGAAAAUUGUGAAGAAGUUAGGUACCACUUUACCAACAUAUACUUGUUGGAAAAUGAGCAGCCAGGCAUUCUGUGUAAGUCGACUACCUUAGACUUGUAACUUGGAGCAUCUCUCCAGGCUUUCCAACCUAUGCUAAGGCACCACACUUGCAAAGUCUCUCAGGGUUUGAGGGAGUAGAGGGGGCAUAUACACAUGGGCUGCCCGGCUCCUGAUCUGAGCCGUUCACUCAGUUAACAACCAAGUGGUUGAAUCUGGAUCUUAUUUCUGUUGGCAUUCUUUUUUUAGGAAGAUGAUGGCAGUAAUUCUUGCUUCACAUGACAAUUCUGUUACUGCAAAUAGUUUGCAUGGUCCGUAAUGCAUUAUCAAACUUGCAGCUGCCAACGUAACCAAGUUUGCUUUGCGUUGAACCCCAAGGAGUGUGUGGGUAGGCCUGGUGCUGGCCUUCCUGUCUGUUCUGUGGGUGACCUGAAGGGUAGGAUCAUACAGUCAGGAAAAUCCAAGCUAAAAGAAAUAUUUGAGCAGUUAUUCCUAUUGUCUGAGUAUUUUGAGAUAAGGUAAUACUGAGCAACAGCUAAGAUUGUUAUAAGGAGGAAGAAAACAAAGGAAAAAUGUGGGGUUUUUUCUUCCCCAUUGUGCCCUUUGUGGAUAAGUUUUUAUUCUGUUCCCUUUCCUGCUGUUAUCUUGAUGGCUGUUCUGCUUGGCAGUAGGGGAAACAUAGUAUGUUGACUUAAAACCAUUUGUAGUUGGUAGGAAAAUUCAGGGAAUGGUUCAGUACUUGACAGUAGUUAAAAGUAAUUUAUUUAUUUCUUUAUCCUUUGAGCAUAAUAUUUUGAAGAGAUUCUUGCAGAACCAACAAGAUUUUUGACGUAGAUUCAGCAUACACUGCCAAUAAGGGCUGCCUGAUGACAUAAUUAACAUCCUCGCCCUAAACAACCUAGACUAUACCAAGAAAAAGCACUAUGCUGUAGCAUAGCCACACUAUGCUACACAGCCACACUAUGCUACAGGCUUGUUUUCAAAACAGUUAAGGAAGCAGAUGUUCCACAACCCGGAUAUACCAGCAGAAGUUUGUAAUCUAGAUACAGCCCAUGUUUUACAUUUUUUCCAAAAUCUUUGCUUACAUACACAGAAAAUGCAUAGCUCUGGUGACAAGCAGUGGGAAGCAGUCUAACCACAAGGGAAACUCACAUUUUCAGGAGUAAAGGACAAGCUUCAGCUAUCAAAUAAGCAGAGUAGAUUGGACGUUCAGAUUCUUGUGUGACUGGGUACUAUUCUACUCAAUAACCUAAAGAGAUAUUACCCUCAUAAGAAAACGUUUGCCUACUUUGUACUGUAGUAUAAAUACAAGACCAUCUGAAAGGACAAAUAACUAUUUGUAAUAAAUUGAACUUAAGCUUCCUUCAGCAAAAGGAGUAAAUAAUUGUGUUUGAAAUAGUCACUCAAGCUUGUAAUUUAAAUACUGUAGCAAAAAAAUAAACUGUCCCAAAGAAAAUAUAUUAACCUUUUUGGGUACUGUGAUUUCUAAAGGUAUAAAAAGACUGAGAAGAUUUUUUUGUGUGUGAAAUUCCAGUAAAUGAGUAGUACCUUUAAUAAGAAUUCCAUGGUCAAACCCAAACUAGUUUGGAAAAUGAGGGUAAAAUGCAUAAGAUUUGUUUUGGAUUUUGGUGUAAUGGGCUGGUUUGUCUUUAACAGCUAAACAAAAUCCUAGCUUGCUCACAGAGCCUGGUUCCUCCAGACAGGUGGGUUUAUGGUACUAAAGUGUUCUGAAAACAAAUGGACCCACGGUAAGUUUCAGAAUUCCUAGUAACUGGGUGGGUGACCUGGAUAGUGUCAAAGACCAGUCUGCUAUUUAAGUUCACUUAAAUAAAUAAACAAAGACAUUUCCAACUUGACCCAAACCAGCAGCCUCUGAUAUUACAAGAAGCAUGCAAACACUUCAUCUUGCAACAUCCCCCCUGCCCCCUCGGCUUUGCUCCCAAAAGCCAUGGAAUGGGGCCAACUAGAAUUUUAGACUGCUAAAAAUGUGGUGAAAUCCUAAGAGAAAAUGAGGCAGUUUUAUGGGGCUUUUUUGGUUUUGUUAUCUUUGUGUUGUUUUCAGGUUGUUCUUUGUAGUCAGAAAAAGUGGAAACCAUAAUGAAAAGGAGGAAAAAAAAAUUAUAUAACUUAAUUGAAACUUGUGAGGUGACAUCUCACAGCACCAAGCUAAAUCAGAACGUACUAUCUGGCAACCUGGAAAUGCAGCCUAAGCAUGGACUUUAUGUGUUUAAGUAAAUGGCCAUUGUAAGCAGUUCUCUAAAGACUCAGAUCUGGUUUCAGGAAGACAAAUAGCUGAUCUUUGACUUCUGAGUCUUGAUCUGACUCCUGAUGAAAAGCAUUGGUAAUCUUGUGGAACCUGGACGGGUUCCAGUACUAGUCAGUAAAUUCUUUUUUUUAUUCUUUUUUAAAUUCUUUCAUUACCCCAAAUCAGUAAUGGGGCCACAGGUAAAACUGAAAUAGCAGUGUUAACUGCUAUUACAUUAAAAACUAUUGAUGAACUCUCACUGAUUCGUUAGUGUAGCAGUGAUUUCAAGACACACUGUUUCCUGUACUACUCUGAAACAGCUGGUGUUUGAAGGAUCAUAUGCUGACUUCCAUGUGCCUUAAUGAAGUAAUACAAAUCUUUUUUCUCUAAAAUACCUACCCAAGGAAGCUGAAAGUACUUAACUAUAAAGUCCUUUUUUAAAAACCUAAUUUUUAGUCAUUGCUUCUUUGAGGCUCUUUUAUCUCAUUUGUGAUUUGUAUUACAAGUCUGGUAAUUCUUCUUUGGCAUAACAUGAGCCUAGGGUUUACUGCAUUCAGUAUUGUCCAAAAAUUGUGGUCACCUCUUGAAGAAAAUGAGGAUGGGGAGUAGGUGUGUGCUGUUGUAGACAGUUGCUCUGUGACUGCGACAAAGUUACAGAAUUGGUAUCAGUGAAUUUCAACUAAAGGUCUGAUUCUGCACUUGGGUUUGUCCUGAGCUUAGUUUUCAUGGCAAGCAGGGUAAAAUAAGUUUACAGACAGCACUGAAGCACAACCAAGAUUUCAAACAUAUGUCUAAUAGCAGACCAAAGUCCUCCAUUAAUUUAAAAUUGUUGAGCUGACCUUUCUUGAAAACAAGUUUGACUCCAGCUUCACAUGACUAUAGAUCAGUCAGCUCUCUCUAUUGCCAAGAAACUGUCUGGCAAAGUGUCAUCUUUUAGCCAAGAUGGGCCCCUGAUGAAGGACUCAUUUGUUAGGCUGUUGGGGAAGUUUCCAGUUACACUGCUGUCAAAUUACAGUUGAUUAUUGUGUCCCGUUUCACUGUCUGGCAUUCGAAAUUAGUUUAAGCUCCACUAUUGUGCUUUCUAUAGGCUGAUCAACUUCAAAGCUGUUACCAAAAACAACUUUCAGAAUGUGAGUUACAAGGUUUUUUUCAGAAAGUGCUAUGUGCGAAGUGCUGCAGUGAGAAUAUUGGUUUCCACAGUUUUGCCAAAACGUGGCCAGAUUCCACAAUUGCUGUUUGCAAUGCAUGGAAGCAGUGCCAAUGCAGGGUUUGCUACAGGGCACCCCUUCAGCUAGUUGAUACUCAAUCUGUUCUGAAAUGGUAACCUUGCAUGAUGAAGUAAUGGUUGCAUCAGAAGUGAAAGCAUAUAUACACUAUAAGGUGAGCAACAUGAGGAUUCUUACUUCUACAUAAACCUUACAUCUAAAGCUAUCAUUUGUUUUUAUUUUCAUUUACAAACCAUUCCUCAGUUUUCCUUGACAUUUUAAUAGAGAGUGAUAGCAUUAAGCCAAUUCCUCCACUUCCUCUCCAGGAACUGGAAUUGAUGCUUUUUGCCAGAGAUAACAUGAAUUUUGCCACUUGUGUGUGAUGCUGAAAAUCCUCAGGCUUGUACAGCUUAAUACUUCUGGCUUUCCUGCCAGAAUUUCUCAUGAAAUUGGUAGAUAGUCUCUAAGGCUGUGAGAAUAGCAAGAAUCUUUUCAUGAUGCUUCCCCUGAGCUGGCUGAAUUCAGUGUGCUAUAGAAAGGACUUGCAGAAGAGAGCAAAAGGUUUGGGUCACCAAGGACCUCUACCAUCAAUUUCAGCAAGAGAAAAUGUCAGUAUCUGCCAUCAUACAAACCAUCAAUGUUGCUCCAAAAAGGCCCACCAUAAUUAAUAGACAAGAGUAUAUCUGAAGAUAGCUACAAAGAAAAAUAAGAUACUGUGGUUCCUCAGGGACUAGUCACAGAUCUGAAGCUUGGGUCAAAGACAAUUGUUCUGGUUUAGCAAGGAGCAGCUUUUUCUUAGUAACAGGGGGAGCGGGUUGCAGUGAAGACCCGGUAAAGAGUUUGCGGACUCUCCCCCGGCUCCUGGGUUCACACCCACCUCCGGCCCGGCUGGGCCAAUCUGGCGCCUCUGCCAUCACUAUUUAGGGGACGGGAAUUUAAAAUGCGAGGCAGGAGGUGUAUGAGUGAUACAAGAUGGAGGCGAACACGCAGACCCUUCAGCCAGAGAAGGAGGAAGGAAGGACAAGCAAUAGACCAGAGACCUCUCCGCAAGCCGUAGCGAGAAUGCAGCUGUACCCAUGCAACCUAUGGAGACCCAUGGCAGGACUGAGACUUACCAACAGCUCUGUGUGAGCCCGGACGGGCGAGGGACUGUGUGGGGAGACGGCCAUGGCCCAGGCCGUGCUGGAGGGCCUGCGCGCCGCAGAGCAGCCCCACACGAGAGGCAAAAGAGGAGCUGCAGCCUUUGGGAUAAAUGCACGUCGGAGCAGCCGGUGCAGGGCUGCCGUGUGUGUGAGGUACCCCACGGACUUGCAGGGAGGACUGGUGCGGAGCCCUCCUGCCCUGAGGACGGACAAACAGCAGAAGCUAUCGGGAAUAGACUGACUGAAACCCCCACUCCCUGCCCCCCCGAGCCGUUCAGGGGGGAAGGAGGUAAAAACCCCUCUGAGCCCGGGAAGAGGGGAGGAGUGGGGAGAAGGUGUUUUUAAAAAGGCUGGUCGGACUCUUCAUUAUUAUACUACUCUGUGUUGUUUUAUUUUGGUUAUGUUUUGGGGUUUUAAGGUUAUGUUUUAGUUGAUG